AUGGCAACAACACAUGCUACGCUCGUGCGCAAGCAAACGCGUGAUGUCAAAGACUUGGGAAGCUUGGCUUUUGUCUUUUCCUUAGACGGCUUGUAUCUCGACGUUCCCGCCGUCAUUGCUGUAGCGCGUCACGGGCUCGUUCCUCGCGUGAAGGAUGACCAACUGAUUCGAGACCGAAUACGUCAGAGUAUCAACGUCCUCGAUCACCAUGUGGAAAACGGCUGGGUCGUGUAUGGCGUCAACACGGGCUUCGGCGGCAGCGCCGACUCACGGACGGAGCAGCUCAAGAAACUACAAAUCUCUCUGCUCCAACACACCCAAAGCGCCAUCAUCGCCUCCUCUGACCUGACCGACAGUCAGGUGAAGGCCGCCAUCGUAAUCAGAGCGAACCAAAACCUCCGCGGCCAUGGUGCCGUCAGGCUGGAGGUUAUCGAGGCACUUCUCAGCCUUCUACGUCACGACAUCACGCCGUUAAUUCCUUUGCGAGGCACCAUCUCGGCAUCCGGGGACUUGAUGCCCCUAUCUUACAUCGCGGGGACUCUGAUUGGGGACCCCAACAUUUCCGUCACCGUUGGUUCAGGCCUCAGCAGAAAAGUCAUGUCUGCCCGCGAUGCAUUGAAACAAUAUGACAUACAGUCUGUUGAGCUGCAGCCAAAGGAGGGUUUGGGCCUGAUCAACGGGACUGCACCCUCUGCUGCCUUGGCUGCGUUGGUAAUUCACGAAGCGAACCAACUCGCAGUCCUCGCCCAGGGGCUUACUGCUUUCACAUCCGAAUGCCUACUUGGUAACGUCGAGUGGACCAAUGAGUUCAUUCACAGAAUUCGACCUCACGAUGGACAGAAAGAGGUGGCCAACAAUAUUCGCAACUUCCUCAAGUCCUCCAAGUAUGUGACUGGUCUGGAAGGUAAGAAGCGGACGGGCCAAGGUCUAUGGCAGGACAGAUACUCAACUCGAACCGCGCCACAGUGGAUGGGUCCGUAUCUCGAGGACCUUCAACUAGCAUAUAGGCAGAUCCGGACCGAGCUAAACUCAACCUCCGACAACCCAGUCAUCGACAUAGGCGUUGUCGGCGAUGUGGCCGCAGGUGAUGUGUACUCUGGAGGCAACUUUCAAGCGACCGCCAUCACCUCCGCCAUGGACAAGACCAGAACGGCGCUGCAGAUGAUCGGGCGCAUGCUCUUCUCGCAGUGCUCCGAGCUGAUUAAUCCGGCCACGAACAACGGUCUCGACCCGAACCUGGUCUUUGGAGACCCUGAUCAGUCCUAUACUAUGAAGGGCAUCGACGUCAACAUGAGUGCCUACAUGUCGGAGCUGGCUGCGCUCGCGCAUCCUGUCUCAUCACACGUCCAGUCGGCCGAGAUGCACAACCAGGGCAUCAACUCCCUUGCGUUCCUCUCAGGCCGCCGUACCAUGGAGGCCGUCGAUGUCUUAUCACACAUGUGUGCCGCUCAUCUCCUUGUAUGCUGCCAGGCAGCCGACUUGAGAGCCUAUCACGAGAAAUUCCUGUCUUCCAUAUCUUUGUUGCCUUCCGUGACGAACCUGGCCUCCUUGUUAUCGGCAGACAUGGACAUCAAGAGCGAGGGUCAGACGACUGAGACAACGACGACAAGAAUUGGGUUGGACGAGCUGGUAAGAGUGUGGUGGUACGGGGCAAACAAGUACAGCCACACCCAGCGCUGCUCGGUUGUCGCGUCCAAAGCCGCCUCCCACAUCAUGGACUCCUUAGCCCACGAUGGAUCUAGUUGCGUCUCAUUGAUGCAAGUCCUGGCCGUCCGAGACGAGUUCCGGCAGACCAUGGAAGCGUGGGUCGCCGACCCAUCCAACAACCCCAAAUCGAACUACACGUACCCUGAAGGCCUAGGCCUAGGCUCUGCAGCGCUCCAUGAUUUCGUGCGCCAGGAAUUGCAAGUUCAUUUUCACCAGGGCCUUAGAGAAGAGCAGUCCAGUACAAUUGGUACCAGCGUUUCAAAGAUUUACGAGGCAAUUCGCCAGGCCACCGUCGUUCAGAAACUGUUGCCCUGUCUCUUUCAAGAGGACGGAGAGUUGGGAAGAUAUAUUUCCGAAACCCCGGCUGAUAGCGGAUCGCGGCCUCGCGGCUUCCCGAGCCAUGCCCCGUUUGAUGACCGGUACCUGCCGAUGUCGCUGGUAAAUGCGCGAGAACAAGAAAGACUGAAGAGGAAGCGGGAGGAGUAA